UUCCUUCCAUGGACAGUCCUUGCUUUCAUAUCAAAUUGGCCCAAUAUACAGCUUGGUUUCUCUCGUUUUAACAUUCCUCGCAGGAGGAACAGCGAUUUUUCUAGGUUUCAGAUCAAAACAAUUCACAGACAAGGGGUAUGUCUUAUUCUACGCACUGCCUAUGGUACUUUUCGUCAUUGGAAUUAUCUUCUUCAUUCUUUUUCAAAAAUAUGGU